AUACAGUUUGCCGACAUUAGGUGAAAACAGUUCUUCAAUAUGGAAAUGAAUUUGUAAUACGAUUUUUCUCUUUAUCUACCUGCUCUCCCAUUGGAAGGCCAGAUAUGAUAAGGAAAACCUGCCUUAUCCAUGCCACCUACUGACUCCUCUCUGUAUAUAUAUAAAGACCUGGAUGUCAUAAUAUCAACGGAAAAUUGCUUAUUAAGGUGAGUUAAAAUGGCAAUGCAAAACUUGUUUUAUUUACUUCUUCUGGGCUCUAUUGCUAUUGUAGUAUCUGGUUCAGAGAGCAAUGACAGUACCGCAUCAUGCAAUCGUAGUAGUUUUCCAGCAGGAUUCAUUUUUGGGACUGCAUCAGCAGCUUACCAGUAUGAAGGUGCAGCAAGGGUGGGUGGUAGAGGACCAAGUAUUUGGGAUUAUUUCACUCACAAAUACCCAGAGAAAAUAGUGGACGGUAGCAGUGGAGAUUUGGCUAACGAUCAAUAUCAUCGUUACAAGGAAGACGUUGGCAUUAUGAAAGAGAUGGGUUUAGAUGCUUACAGAUUCUCGAUCUCAUGGUCUAGAAUAUUUCCAAAUGGAAAGCGAAGUGGGGGAGUGAACAAGGAAGGAAUUCAGUACUAUAAUAGCCUCAUCAAUGAGCUCCUAGCCCAUGGUUUACAACCCUUUGUGACACUCUUCCAUGGGGAUCUUCCGCAAGCCUUAGAAGAAGAGUAUGGUGGAUUCCUAAGUCCUCGCAUUGUAGAACAUUUUCGAGACUACGUGGAAACUUGUUUCAAACAUUUUGGUGAUAGAGUGAAACACUGGAUCACACAAAGUGAGCCAUGGUCUUAUAGCGGUGGUGGUUACGCGACUGGCAUGUAUCCUCCAUUAAGAUGUUCGGCUUGGCAACAAAUGAAUUGCACUGGUGGGGAUACCGCUACUGAGCCAUAUUUGGUUGCACACAACAUGCUUCUGGCUCAUGCUGCAGCUGUCAGCUUAUACAGGCAAAGAUACCAGGCACCCCAAAAAGGUGUGAUAGGGAUCACUUUAGUGUCAAAAUGGAUGGUGCCUAACUCCAAUGCUACGCAUGACAAACGUGCUGCCCUUCGAGCACUUGAUUUCAUGUUUGGAUGGUUUAUGGACCCAAUAGCAAAUGGUGACUAUCCCCAUACAAUGCGGUCUAUUGUUGGAGAUCGAUUGCCACAAUUCACACCAGAACAAUCAAAGAUGCUAAAAGGGUCAUAUGAUUUUGUUGGAUUGAACUACUACACAGCAAAUUAUGCAGCCUAUAUGAAUAACUCUAGUGCUGUGAAUGCAAGUUACUUGACAGAUUCUCAGGCUAAUCUUUCUACUGUUCGCAAUGGGAUCCCCAUCGGUUCACAGGCGGCUUCUGAUUGGCUUUUUGUUUAUCCAAGAGGAAUUCGAGAUCUUUUGCUUUACAUUAAGAAAAAGUACAAUAACCCGCUCAUCUACAUCACUGAAAAUGGCGUUGAUGAGUUCAACAAUGCCACAUUAUCAAUCGAGGAAGCUCUUAACGACGAGAUGAGGAUACAUUACCACUCUCGACAUCUUUCUUUCCUUCGAAAAGCAGUAGUCGAGGAUGGUGCCAAUGUGAAAGGAUAUUUUGCAUGGUCAUUGUUGGACACCUAUGAGUGGAACUCGGGCUACACUGUACGAUUUGGAAUCAACUACGUUGACUAUAACGAUGGCUUUAAGAGAUAUCCAAAAAAAUCAGCCCACUGGUUCAAGAACUUCCUCAAGAAUAGAGAUCGAGAUAAUAAUGUAUUAUUGUUAAUUAGCAAUAAAGUGGAAGAUCAAUUGAGCUCCAUCUAGGUUACUUUUGGAGAUGCGGAAUCCAUCUAUGUGUUGUUUGAUAUUCUUGUUAAAAUAUAUAUAAAUGAUGUGAAAAGUUUCGACUCAA